AUGGAACCAGGUUCGGAUAAAGCAUUCAAGAGGGAAUUAGAUUAUUAUUCAUCACUGAAGAAUAUUCAAGCCUACAGGAAGAAGAUGGUGUUUGCACUUGGGGUAAAUUGCAGUAACUGCCUAGGAAUUGGGGACGGUCAGAGUGUAGUUACACCAAAGAAAAUAGAAGCUUUGUGUGGGAAGAAAAUAAUUUCUCUCAGUUAUGGAAGUGGGCCACAUAUUUUACUUGCAACUAAAGAUGGAGAAACUUAUUCCUGGGGCCUCAACAGUUAUGGCCAGCUGGGUAAUGGGACAACUGGUCCAGGCUCAUUGCCUUUCCUUGUCUCAAGCAUGUUCUAUGACAAGACAGUGAUGGAGGUUGCUUGUGGCUCCAAUCACUCUGUGAUCCUAACAAUAGAAGGCGAGGUCUACUCCUGGGGUCACAACAACUGUGGGCAGGUUGGAUCAGGAUCCACUGCAAGCCAGGCAACACCACGGAGAGUAACAAACUGUUUGCAGAAUAAGAGGGUUGUUGCUAUUGCUUGUGGUCAGAUAUACUCCAUGGCUACAGCAGAUAACGGAGAGGUAUACGCUUGGGGUUACAAUGGCAGUGGUCAGCUGGGAACAGGAAUCAGUGGAAAUCACCUUACUCCUUGCAGAGUGACUGGGUUACAAGGAAUUUGUGUCCUUCAGACUGUCUGUGGUUCUGCUCACACACUCGCACUAACAGAUGAGGGCUUGCUAUAUGCCUGGGGAGCUAAUACAUCUGGGCAGCUGGGUAUUGGAAAUAAAAUCAAUCAGCUGGUCCCAGUGCUGAUCACUGUGGAGAAAGAAAGGAUUGUGGAGAUUGCUGCUUGCCAUUUCACUCACACCUCAGCUGUGAAGACCCAGGGUGGCCAAGUCUACAUGUGGGGAUACUGCCGGGGCCAGUCGGUAACCCUCCCACGUCUCACUCACUUCUCUUGCACAGAUGACGUGUUUGCCUGCUUUGCGUCUCCAGCAGUUACAUGGCGCUUCCUGUCCAUAGAACAAGAUGAUCACCUAACUGUAGCCCAGUCUCUGCACAAGGAGUUUGAUAGCUUGGAAACAUCAGAUUUAAAGUUCUGUGUGGAAGGAAAAUUAAUUCACGUUCAUAAAGCUGUUUUGAAAAUAAGGUGUGAACAUUUUCGAACUAUGUUUCAAUCCUACUGGAGUGAAGAUGAAAAAGAAGUGAUUGAGAUUGACCAGUUUAGCUAUUCAGUAUACCGUGCCUUUCUAGAAUACUUGUACACAGACUGUGUAAAUCUUCCUCCUGAGGAUGCAAUAGGGCUUCUGGAUCUAGCUACUUCUUACUGUGAAAAUAAAGUGAAGAAACUCUGCCAAGAGAUCAUUAAAAGAGGAAUUACUGUGGAGAAUGCUUUCCUAUUGCUGUCAGCAGCUGUCCGUUAUGAUGCAAAGGAUUUAGAAGAAUUUUGCUUCAAAUUUUGUAUGAAUCAUUUGACUGCAGUCACCGACACUGAUGCAUUUUGGCAAAUGGAUGGAGCUCUCUUGAAAGAAUUCAUUGUAAAAGCAAGCAAGUGUGGAGCUUUCAGAAACUGAACGGAUGAGGUAGAUCUUUUCCUGUGACAAUAUAUGAGAAAACUUCAUUUUCAAUGGGAAAUUGAUCCAACUUUGGAAUAUUCGAACUUGCUCAUCUCUAACUUAUACUAUUGCCAGUGUGAUUUGUGAGCAAUGGGAUGUUCAUCAAGUUUCAACAGCGGUUUUGAACAUUCUGGACUACAAUUGUAGCUCAUUUCUUGGCUGCAGUUCAUUUCCUGGAUGUAAAUUUCUGAUCAAUUGUGCAGCAAGUAAAUGUUAAAAUAUUAUCAUGUAUAUGGUUUUUACUAAAUUACUGUCUAGAGAAUGGAGUUGUUCCUUAUUUUGGUAAUUGUGAGAUAAUGACUCUCAUUUUGAAUUUGGGAUCCAAAUUUCUGUUAAACUUUGAGAAAAAAUUGUGACAUGGCCUGGACUAUAAGUUCCUUACUUUUUAAUUGAAGUUUGAAAAGAUUCUAUGGAUAGAAUGCCCAGGGUCCACUUUUGUUAGUGGGUUUUGAUGAUAUCUUGUAAAUGUAAGAAUUUCUCACUUUAAACUGUACUCUUGCAACUCCUGUCACAUAUUUCUUUCCAACAUAUUGGGAAUAUGUUAGUUUGUUUACCUGGUAUUAAGUCUUAUUAUCAAUGACUUGUAGGGAAGAAAAUUACCACAAACAUUACUGUACUUGUGAGAUUGAAUUCAUUUUAAAAUGAAUUCAAUCUGUUUUCAAAAGGCCAUUCAAGUAGUGCCAGUUACAAACAAACUUGCUUUGUGGAUUUAUUUGGGCUACAAGUAUAUUAUUAUUAAACACUACAAGUUGUUACUUUUUUAAAAAAAAAACUUCUGGACUUCUUUUCAGAUAUUGGUGCACUGCGCUAGAACACAAGCAAAGCUGCUACGAUUAUUCCUUUUGUAGUUCAGAGACCUGGCUUUUCUUGCUGUCCUACAUUUGCGCGCAAACAUCUUACUUUUUACUGGAUCUGCAGAAGGGAUAUGUUUGUGCACAAAUUGGCAGAAAAGACAUAUUUUGUACUGGCUUCAAAGGCUAGUUAGUGGAUAUGAAUUCUAAAAUAUUCCAAGCACAAAUCUAUUUCCAAUUUUUCUGCUACUCUUUCUGGAUCAAGAUGGAUAUUUAACUGUCUCAACUUGUUAUUCAAUACACUGCACAGUGUGUGUUACCUUGCUGCAUUUUUAAGGGAAAACUGCCUGAUUUAAUCUCCUGUGCAUGCCAUUUAAAUCUGCAGAUAAUUAUGUAGUAUUACAAAGUCCUUACUGCUUUCUCCACACAUAAAAUGAUGUCUCAAUUAGCUAUGUUUCUAACCACAAAAAGGAAAUAUGGAUACUCUACCUGCUUAGUGUUUUAAGCCAAGUAGGCACAAAGAAAUACAGAAGGUCACAGAAUCCUAGCAGUCUAGCAUGAGCAGCACAAUGUACGGAGACACUUCUGUGAUAAUGACCGAUGUUUAUUAUACACAAAGGCUUGAUUCAUUCGUCAAACCCGGCUUGUUACUUACCCUUCUGUAUGAGACCACUGCUUUUCCAGGUCACCAGUACUAAUGUGCUCAGUUUUCCAGCUGCUUUUAUGAUCUCAGCAUAAACAUGAUGACGACAGUUGUACUUAAGAGAGUGAUUUGACAGUCUAAGGAGCACCCCAUUGGGAACAUUAAAACACACCUGGCUCAAACACAAUUUUUGCCUAAGGGCAAAAAAUUUGAAGGGAAUCGAUGUUGGAUUGUAUCUUAAUGCUUGAAUUUUAGUGAACAAGUUCACCCUGCCACACAGAUUUUCAUCCUAGAUACUGUUUGAAAAUACCUUUUGUGAAUUAGUGAGAUUUAAAUUUAGUACAAUUAUUCAGACUGUUUCAAAAUGUCAGCCACUUAGAACAGUCACAUUUCAGAAUAAUUUAAGAUGGGAAAUGUAGGAUAGGACAAACAGCAGAAACUAAUUCCAAUGGGUGCUCUCAGAAUGACCUGAGCUUUACCACUGAUCUAGUUAGUUAUUGUUAAUUCCAAUUUUCCAUACUUGGUACUGACAAAUAAAGCAAGUACAAUAAAAGUUUUAUG